AUGAGGAAGGAGUUGGCCGACAAGAUCAGGGAGGUUGCUGGUCUACAGAAGACCAUUAAAAAGGCCGAGGCAAAAAUGAAGACCUUGUCAGACCAGGCCGAGGCGGCCAUUAAAGCUAAAGAUGAGGCCAAAGAAAAAACAGAUGCUGUAGAUACCAUUAAGAAGGUUCUUGAGGCCAAGAAAAAUGAGGCCCAGAUAAAAACUGCGGAGGCCCAAGCCGUGCUCCGGGCUACCUUGGCCACAAAAGUAGCCGAGAUCAAGGCGGCGGAUGAGAAGGCGUAUGCUGAAAGGGCGGCCGACGUUAAGAAGGACUACAAAAAGCAGGAUGAGGAGGGCGAGGUCUCCAAAGAUGCCACUCCUGAGACAACAUCGGACAUGCCUAUCACCGAGAAGAGCAUUGCCCAAACUCUUCAAGAAAUCGAUGCUAAGCUCGCGGCUGAGAAGGCUGCCGAAAAGUUUUCCCAGAUGUCCUUUGAGCCCCAAACCCAACCGGUCAACAACGCUGAGUAG